AGGUUCCUCCCGGAGAUCAAGAAGGAGAUCAACGAGAAACGCCGGAACGUUCAGGAUCGUCUGGAUGAACUUGGGCAAGGCAUUCCCAUCGACGAGGCCGAGCGAGUGCAGCUCAUGUGGACCAUGGUGACCGACUAUUGCGAGAUGUUCAAGAACUCGAUCCGCGGGAAGUACGACAGGAAGCUUCAGCGCUACUCCGCGAACCUCGCGGGCGGCAGCGCGGGCAGCACCAUGUCCGGCGGCGCGAAGAUCCGCAGCAUCCUGAACGACUUCCUGAUCGAAUACACGGACGGGAAGAUGACCGCCGAGAUGUCGGACGACGACAUCGACAACGCCAUCCGCGUGCACGAGGGCGACUCGCUGCCUGGCUUCCCCUCGCCGGAC